UAAUUAUUUUAGUAUUAUUUUAAAAAAAAUAAUAGGGUACAAUGAUAAAUUGGGGCUGUGUUUAAAAUUAUCCAUGCACAAAACUGAAGAUGGAAAGGCCCAAUCAGAAAACCCUAAAGGUAGCUAAUUAUUAACAAAAACCAAAUCCAGUCGGAAAAGAUUAAAUGGAAAAAGAAAAAAGAAAGAAAGAAGGCGCAUUGAGCCGAAAGAAGCAACGGCGCUAUAGCGAUGAGCCGACAUUAUAAAACCCAAGAAAGAAGCCCAGGACGAGAAACACUAUAAAUAUUUUAGGAAAUGAUAGAGAAGAAAAAGUUUGGUGUGUGUGUUUGGAAUACAACCCUAGAGCUUUGAUGAAAUUUGAUUUAAAAAAUGAUGGAAUAAAUCUAGGCGAAACUAUUAAAACCAAAUUGAAACUGUACGCACCGCACCGUACCCUACCACACCCACCCAACCCCACCUUCUCUCAUGACCAAACCGGACGGCCUCGCGCCGGAGACCAACGACGACUUUUCCCCCACCGCCUGGGGAACUUGGGAGGAGCUCCUCCUCGCCUUCGCCGUCAACCGCCACGGAACCGCCGCCUGGGAUUCCAUAGCUUCGGAACUUCAGAAGAGGACAUCGGACCCUAACCUCUGCCUCACCGCGCAUAACUGCAGGUCCAAGUAUCUCGACCUCAAGCGCCGCUUCGUCGUCAGGAAUGGCGAUUUGGAAGGGGAGGACGGCCGCGACGAGAAAUCCAACGUCGAGGAAUCCGCGCCGUUGCUGGAGGAGCUCAGGAAAUUGCGCGUGGCGGAGCUCCGGCGAGAAGUGCAACGUUACGAUCUCAACAUCGAGUCGCUGGAGUUGAAGAUGAAGAGAAUGGAAGAGGAACGGGAAAAAAGCCAGAGGAGAGAGGAGAGCGGGGCGGAUCUAGAGAAUAACGUCGAGGAGAAGAGAGAUUGUGAACCAGAGGCCGCGCCGGCUGCCGUAGGAGAAGCAGCCGUCGUCGGAGAAUUGGAAAAGGAUCAGUUGUCGGUGAACGAAUCGAACUCGACAGAUCCGGGAGCGGAGAAGUUGAGAGCCAGCGAGGCGGGUUCGGAACCGGCCGGAGCGGGAGGGGAGGAGGUGAGGAACGAUCGAACUGGACACACGAGCGAUGGACCGGCUGAGUUGAAACCGGAACCGGAUCACAAAUCGGUGCGGGAGGAUUCCUGCAACGGGAGCUCGAACAGUAUAGAGAAGCCAGACCCGAAGGCGAAAGCCGAACCGGUGGCCGGGUCGACCGAGUUGGCCGAGUCGGAGGCCGAGUCCGAUGGAGGAGGCGCGGAGGCGAUGAAGGAGAACUCGGAUGUGCAGAGCUCGGCAAGCAGAUCGAGGAAGGAGGAGGGAAGUGAUAAGGUGCGGCGCGGGAGCACGAGUGGCGAUGAGCGUGAACACGAGGAUCAAUCUCGUGCCGUGAAAGAAUUGUCCGCCGAAUCGCAGCCGUUGGUUGACUUUCUACGGGCUAUUCGCGCGCCGAAGAUCGGCUCCAUCUUCGAGCGGCGGCUCCGGAGCCAGGAAACGUCGAAAUAUCAGAAGCUGAUUCUCCAGCACAUGGAUCUUGAGACGGUGGAAAGCAGAUUGAAGGAAGGGUGGUACACAGGGUCCGGCAGCAAGUUCUACCGCGAUCUCUUGCUGCUCGUCAACAAUGCCCUCGUGUUCUUCAGCAAGAACUCGUCAGAGGCGAGCGCGGCCGUGGAGAUCCGGCGUCUCAUCUCCAAGGAGAUCUCUCAUAAGCAUGCCAAGUCGGAUUCUUCGUCUGGGAAGCAGAUCUCCUUGCAGUCUCUGUCAAUGCCCAAGAAAGAAGACGCUGAGCCUUCACCUUCACCCUCGUUGAUGUUGAAGCCCAGAAUAUCUGGUUCCUUGAUCGUCUGUCGGAAACGCAGCUCCAUUGCUAAGGCCACCGCCUCAUCUUCAGGGACGGAUAAGAAGAAAGAACCCGAGGACAAGGACACCAAACAGCAGCCAUCUGGUGAUGCCGACGAGCCUAAAAUCACCAAGAAACGAACCAGAGAUCGAUUUCCGGCUGCUUCCUCGGCCAAUUCCAAGAAAAUCGGCAAGAAUCAAGCCACCAAAACUUCCCCAGCUGAAUCAGUGAAACAGCAGCAGCAGGGGAAAGGAGGUUCGUCUUCUUCGCAGGCGGAGGCCAAGGGCGACAACAAGAAGAGCCAGUCGGCAUCGGACUCCAAGAAACGCGGCGCUGCUAACUUCUUGAGUAGAAUGAAGCAAGGAUCGUCGUCAAACAACGGCGUGUUGCUUGAUGCGUUGAAGAACACGCCGUUGACUAGUGAGAGCACCACCGGAAAGGGAGGACCGGAUCAGAAGAAAAGCGAGACUGCAAAGAAGAAAGAGCCGGCAGCCAGUAGAAGAGGUACGGAGACGAGGCAAACAAAGGAGAAGGAGAAAGAGAAGGAGAAGGAGAAGGAGAAGGGCAGCCCGGGAAAGAGGAAUGUGGGACGGCCGCCCAAGAGAGGGGCGGCGCCGCCACCCCCGGCGCUCGGGAAACGCGGUAGGGAUAGAGAUAAAGGUGACAUCGAACCGGCAGCUUCCAAACAGCCAAAGAAAAGGUCGAGGAAGUUAUAGUAAUGGGGGGAGGAAAGGAAGGGAUAGGCACAUUUGUACGUAGCGUAAGGAAUUCAUGUUUUUCCUUUUUACAGAUUUGCUCUUAUUUUUGGCUUUUCCCCCCCACCCUUUGGCUUUUGCAGCAAGUGUGUUUGUAUUUAGUCUAAUGGAAAACUAGGGCAAAGUUAGAUGGUUUCA